ACACUAGGUCGUCACUUUGCAAGAGCAAUUGGAUUUCUUGAGGGAGAUCUCUUUACAGGAAACAUGGUGGCGAGCUUCAGCUUUUUGGUAAUCAUUUUUGCCGGUUUAGUUGUUGGGCAGAGCAGCGAGAAGAGAGGUAUACAACUGCGUUUGACGCAAAAGGGAUUGGACUAUGCAAUCGAAGAAUCUUUGAAGAUCUUACAGGAUGACAUCCUACACAAACCAAUCAAAGAUUUCUCUGGGGGCAGUGGAGGUUUCGAUAUUACUGGUCGCAAGUUGCGUGUGCUACAUUUCAAUGUUGGAUCCAAGUCAAUGUCUCCUGAUUAUGGAAAAGGGUUGAAAGUUGCUGUUGCUGACAUCUCAAUCAGUCUUUCUGGUGAAUUACAUUAUGAGAAACAUCUAUGGUUUAUCAAAAUAAGGGAUACGGUUAGUUUCCAAGCUACUGCAAACAGAGUCAGCUUCUCGCUCUCCCUCCAUAUAGGGAAAACAUCCAAUGGACACCCAGAUGUUUCAGUUAACUGGUGUAAUUCGGAUGUUGGUAGCUUGGAUUUGCAUUUCUCGGGCUCAAAAUCCAGCUGGCUGUACAAUCUGUUUUCGUCUGUGAUUGAAGAUAAAUUGAGGGGGGAACUUGCUGAUUUGAUGUGUAAGUCUGCAAAAGAUUCAAUCAACACAAGGACAAGGCAAGAGAUGAACGAGUUUCCAGUGCGGAAAGUAAUUGACGAAUGGGCAAUUAUCGAUUACACUUUGUCAGCAUCACCUUACUAUGGACAUUCAUUUAUGGAUAUAUUUUUAAGGGGCGAGUUCUUUCAGAAGAAGAAUCCAAGUCACCAUAGCUCUCUUCCAAUCCCCAGUUUUACAACAGCUGUGGACAAUUCUAAAAUGUUGUAUUUAUGGCUGACAGACUACAGUUUUAACACUGCUGGUGAAGUUUAUCAUGAUGCCGGCUUUUUGGUUAUGAAAAUAACAAGGAAAAGUAAUGUCCCACCUCUCAUCAAGAAAUUUUUGGAUACACGUCAGUUCAGAGCCCUUAUUCCCGAGCUGUACCGGCGAUUUCCACGGAGGCCAAUGCAGAUGACACUUUACUCUUACAAAGCACCAAAGUUUGUAAUUGAAUCUGGUGAAGUUUUUCUCCACGUGUAUGGCAUGGCAACCUUCCAAGUUGUACAGAAAGAUGGCAGUGUGUACAAUGCUUUCUCACUACAACUGGAUGUAAAGGUGGGUGCUACUCCUCUGGUGACUGAGAAAUAUAUCAAAGGAAAAAUGAAUGAUUUCACAUUUAAGAUGAAUGUCGCAAAGUCAAAUAUUGGGCCGAUCAAUAUCCCUAUUCGACUGCCAUUGAUUCAGAGUUUAGUAAAAGCCAGUAUAAUCAAAGCUGCCAAGCGUGGUUUUGAAAAAGGAUUUCCACUUCCGAAUCUCAACGAAGUUUACUUCAAAAGUCCAGAGGUUAAAAUCGUCAAGAAUGCUAUUCAGAUUGGAGUCGAUUGCAACUUCAUAAGAAACAAGCGUUAUUGAGAAAAAAACUCAAGAUUGAAUUUUUUUAUUAAAAGUUUUAAAACAAUACAGGAAGAAAUAGCUUGAAAUGUCUUGUUAUUUUAUACAAGGCUGUAACAGUAAUUUUCUAUGGUUUUUGCUGUUGAAAUUUUCACUUAAGUUUUUCAUGUUGAAUGGCAUCUUUAUGCUUAA